AAGCAGGCCUGCAGCUGCCGCAGCUUGCUGCUGGGUCCAAAUCCCAUUCUGAUUCACUUGUUGACGAGGGAGUCAAUUGAGCGUCUCCCCGUCCAGCAAUUCGCCAAUGCCGCGGUUUUAACACCGGUUCACCUGAUCAUCUUCCACACGCCGGAAGUGCGAACAAAAGACAAUGCCACCAUCACUGCCCCUGCAGACGUGCCUGCGGGCAGGCUCGAGGCCGACGACCUCCCUCUCGAGUUUCCUGAAGACCACCGUGACCACAACCAUCACAGUCGCAACGACAACGAGGACUCUGGCCACGACCGCGCCGUCGCACUAUAAGCAACCGCGCGUACCCGGCUCGGACAUUCCCAUACCCUCUGCUUCGGGGGCGCACCCGGAAAUCCCGCCCUACCCCCACGGACCGCGGCCCUUCUACCACCAGUCCAACACGGGCCUGUACGGCUCCGCGCGCAUCCGUUUCGGAAACCACGUGUCGGAGAAGUUCGAGGUCAAGGCGCGGCGCAAGUGGCGGCCCAACGUGCACCAGAAGCGGCUGUGGUCGGCGUCGCUCGGCGUCUUCGUGCGCACCCGCGUCACCACCCGCGUGCUGCGCACCAUCGACAAGGUCGGCGGCCUCGACGAGUACCUGCUCGGAAUCAAGCCGCAGCGAGUCAAGGACUUGGGUCCCUGGGGAUGGAAGCUGCGAUGGCGCAUCAUGCAGACGCCCGCCGUGCGCGCACGGUUUGCGGCCGAGCGCGAGGCACUCGGCCUGCCGCCCAAGGAGGAGGAGGAGCUGAGGCAGGAGGCGAACCGCCCACUGCCCGACGGGACCGCUGCUGGGGAUGCGUUGAUGGCCGAGACGAAUCAGAUGCUGGCGGAUGAGGCCGAAUUUGAGCUUGGCUCGGAAGCCUCCGAGGCCUCCGAGGGAGCACAGGACGGGUUCAUGAGGGAAGAGAAGCCAAGGCAAUAAGGUCCCGCUGGAUAUGACGGCCGGUUGUCUCCGGUGACAUUGCCAUACUACAAAACUGUAUCAUAUCUGUAUUCUGGAUGCGUAAAUUUGCAUGGCGUUCCAUGUUACCAGCCUACGGCUCCGUGAAGGUCAUUGUAGAAUAGAGAGAGAUGUGGCUUCCUGAUCAAGGGGGGAUUUGGACGCA